AUGAAGAAUAUAAGUCAAACUGUUGAUGUGAAGAACAUUUCAAAAAAAGAAGACAAAGAAAAUUUAUUUUUCUAUUAAUCCAUCAAAGAUAAACUACCAAAACCCAAUCCUAUUCUAAUUUAAUAACUUCAAUUAAACAAAGUUAAUUCAUUAUUACCAUUAAAAAAAAAGUAUCUCUAAUUAAGUAUAUUAGCUAUUUAGAAGCAAAUGAAUAACAAAUAACCUAUAAAACACCCAUACAAUAAUAAGAACAAGAAUGUUUAACCUAAAAGCCUAUCACUCUUUAAGCCUUCCUAAAACCCCUUAAACUAAUAUACCAAAAAUAUCAACCUUAACAGAACCAAAAUCUAUAUGCAACUCUUAUUCAUUAACCAGAUAAUAACUUCGAUGCUUCUCAUUACUACCAAAGUGAUGAAGAUAUUAAAUUUGAUUCUCUAUUUGAAAGUGGAAACUUAUUCUAAGUCUUCAAAGUAUCUCUAUCAUAUCUUAAUUAGAAAAGCGAUAAAGAUUACAUCCUACUCCUUUAAAAUGAUAUUAAUACCAAAGGAUAUACACAAUGGUUUUACUUCUCCAUUUCAAACAAGAAUUCAACCCUUUCUAACAUUAAACUCAGUAUCAUUAACAUUAACAAGGAUAUGUGUUUUUAUCGUUAAGGCAUGAAAAUCUUAAUAAAUGAAUGUAAUUAUUGGAGAAAAGAUUCAUUGGGUUUAUCUUUUAAGAAAAAUAAUAUCCAAAGAAAUAAUUCUACAUUCUACUAUUCACUCUCUUUUAAUUAUACAUUUAUCGAAUAAGGAACUGUGUACUUUGCCUCUAAUUAUCCGUACACCUAUUCUAAUCUAUAAACAUUCAUAUCUAGCAAAUAUCUAGUCUAUGAUAAAAUAUUGAAAGUCAAAAACAUAAUCACAAGCUAAGCAGGUAAUGAAAUAUAAAUCAUUACUAUAACUAAUGAUAAUAAAGAUUAAAAAUAAGGAUUACUAUUUAUUGGUAGACAGCAUCCUGGAGAGACACCUAGUUCUUUUGUAAUUGAAGGGAUAAUCAAUGCUUUAUUGUCAGCUGAGGCUGAUGAAUUGAGGAAUAAGUUUGUUAUCAAAAUUAUACCAAUGUUAAAUGUUGAUGGAGUAGUACAUGGAAAUUAAAGAUGUGGUUUAGGAGGUUUUGAUUUAAACAGAAAAUGGGGAUGCAAUAGAGAUGAUACAUUAAAUGAAAUUGAAAAAUUAAUAACUAAUUUUAAUGAGAAUUAUCCUAUCUAAUUAAUCUUAGAUAUACAUGGUCAUAGCAAAAAGUAUUUGAAAUGUAAUAAAUUAGACUGUCAGCUUUCUUUUAUGGUCAUAGUUGCAAUGAAUUCAUUACUGAACUUUGCAAUUCAGAUAAAAGAUUCAGUCUAGAGAAUAGUAGAUUUAUGAAAAAUACUAAAUAUUUGAAUCAUACAGCAAGAGUCUUUUUAUAAAAACUAUUGAAUAUGAAUCAGAAUAUAUAUACUCUUGAAAUUUCAUACUUUGGAUACAAGGAUUAAAAUUAAAUUGUAGAUUUUACUUUAAAUGAUCUAAGAUCUAUGGGUAGAGAAAUAAUUAACACUCUAUCUAAAAAUAUAGAAACAUAAAUAUGGACAGAAAGUAUAUUAAUAAAUGAAUAGAAUUCUGAUGUCAGUUUCUCAGAUUCUUCAAUAUCAGAAGAUGAAAUUGGAUAUGAAGAAAUUAAAUAAAUUUAACCUGAACCCCUUAGAGAAAAAAAUAAUAAUCUGGAAAGAUAAUAUCCAAGAUCAAAUUCAUAUAAAUAAAGACAAUUGAAAUCAUCUUAAACUAGAAAUAGAGCAAAAUCAUAAUCAAUAUAAAAUUAAAUGAAAUACUAAUAAUUUACUUACAAUUUUAUUGAUAAUUCUUUUAAUAAUAAUUGUAAUGUGAAAAAUGAUAAUUAUGAUCAUUAAAGUUUAUUUAUUCCUCAAUAAAAACCAAAAUAAUCUGAGUAUACAAUUCAACCAUUAGUUAUAAUGCCUCAGCAUAGUUUAAAGCACUAAUUCUUAUGGUAGAAUAGAUUAAAAUAAUAAAAUAAUAAAGAGAUUAAAUUGUAAAAUCUCAAAGAACAAAGAGAUUUGAAAAUUUAUCAAGAAUUUAAAGAUUAUGUCAAUAAUAAAUAAUACUCUAAUAAGCCUUUACUUCCUAAAUAUUCAUUUAAUGAUACAGACUUAUUUAAAAAGUCACAAGCCAAAAAAUAAUAUUUAAUUAUUAAUUUAUGA